CCGUCCAAAGCGACCAAGAGCGGAAGAAGCUCCGCCAUCGGAAACAACGGAGGGAAACCCUGGCUUCUGAUUGGCUAGGAGGGACGCCUCGGAAGGAGAAAAAUUCUUUGUUGCUGCGAAGUGACCAAUCAGGGAGCCGCUCGUUGUUCGUCGACGUUCUAAAGUGGGAGGCGCGUCCUUUGAUGUCUAUGGCCGCGGGAGUCGCCGCGAUGGUGCUCGGAAACCCGCUCGGACCUUGGGAUUUUGGCAGUACCGCAGACAUCAUCAGAACAAUACCACAGGAUCUGUUUGCAGAGCUAUGUGAGCAAAUCAUUCGGAAUCUUCAGUGUCAGAUCCCAGCUGUGAACACAGUGGAACUAUGUCAGAGAUUUCAAGCAGCUGGGAUUGAAAUAGUCGCUAGUGAUCUGGAAAAGGUUGUUAAUGCCAUUUCCUUUGUAUUCAGCACAGCAGCAAAAGAUAAACUCUCGCCAGAAGACCUGUCUUCCAGGCUAGGCGGUGCAGCUGGCACUCUGCCGAAACAAGCUGUCCAGGUUCUUCGUCACGUCUGGAACGAACAGGGCAGCUCAAUCGCAGUGUCAGAAGAUGCUAAAAAUGUAGCAGUUGUUGGACGGCUUAUUGAUUUUCAGUGGAAGCUGGGGAUGGCAGUGAGCUCCGACAGCUGCAAAUCUUUGAAGUCUCCUUAUGUCACGAUGGCAGUAAAAGUGGCAGAUGCUUCAGGCCACAUCACAAGCAAAACAUUUGAAAUGACGGUCCCACAAUUUCAGAACUUCUACAAUCAGUUCAAGGAAAUGGCAGCCGUCCUUGAGACAGUUUGAGCAUCUGCUUCGCAGUUGUUUGAACCGAACGAGCUGUUCCUGUUUGCCUUAAAACAUUGUGGUUUUUGCUAAGGGAAGGUGUCGUUUCAAUUUCCUACGCAACUUUGCCCAUCUGCUGGACUGUUCAUGUUCAAAAGCCUGUAAAAUGUCUUCUUAUAUACUGAAAUGCCACACAUAAGUAGAAGGAUGUGCUGCUUAAGAGCAAAUGUAGUGGGCAUAUGAUUUCCACCAGAAGAACCCAGAAAAGUGGAUUCUGCAGGAGAAGUUCCCUGAGUGCUGUUAGCCACAAUUAUAAAGCUUGUGGUUUCUGUUAAUUUUUAGCUCUAUCAUACUGAUUAGCCUGUUACCCAUGAAACUUGACGUGCCACAUACUUUAGGAACCAAAAAUGCUAUUGUUUUCUAUUAAAUCUAAUGGUGGGAAA